ACAUUAUAAUUUCUUGUUUUUAUUCUUACUGGCUUCUCGUGAACUUGCGCGCUCUCUAGUAUAUUUUCAACAAGUAUAGAGCCCACCUACAUAUGGAAAUUUGAUUGGACCAUCACUCGGGUCUCCCAAGUUUGCUUCUCUCUCUUUGUGGGAAUCCAUAGUAGUACGUAUACGUGCAAAACACUUUCAGAUAAAAGUGUAUAGAUACAUUUGAAUAGCCUACACGCGGACUUUAGUGAACAUGUAGACAUGGAUUUUAUGAGACUGCUCGGAACCGUUCUUGCCGUUUUCUUCCAUCCAGGAUCCGCUUCCCAACUCAAUGGCCAGAGGAUCUGCCGGCGAGGCACGGAGCGCCCAUGCUACAAGAUCUCGUACUACCAGGACAGCCGGCGCCGUCUGACCUUCGAGGAGGCGCGGCGGGCAUGCCUGGGCGACGGCGGCGACCUGCUGAGCAUCGAGACGGAGAACGAGCAGCGCCUGGUGGAGAGGUUCAUCCAGCAGAUGGAGUCUGGAGACGGGGACUUCUGGAUCGGGCUGAAGGGGGCCGGGAGAGAGCCACUCAGAGCUGCCGGGACCGCCCCAAGAUGCUCCUCAGAGUACUCCUGGCUGGACGGCAGCAAAGACACCUUCAGGAACUGGCAUUGGGACGCGCCAUCCUGUGGCGAGGGGAGGUGUGUGGUCAUGUCCCACCGGCAUCUUGCCCUGCCAAACCGGGGUGGCCACUUCCUGUUCCGGUGGAAUGAUGAUAACUGCAACUUAAAGAACAACUUUGUCUGCAAAUACUCAGAGGAGAAAAUAUCGGCGUUCACGGUGGGGGCAAACGCAGCACACACAGAUCCCCCAGACGUGUCUUUGAGGACGAUCGUCCUGUCAGCGACGGAGAGAGAUGAGACAACCAAAAUAGGUCUACCUGAAUCAUCAGUGUCUCUGUCAGAUAGCAGCCUGUCCUACUUCCUGUUUGGCUCCAUCCCUGUCAUGCUGCUGAUCCUGCUGCUGGCUACAGGCAUCUACUGCUACCGACGCUCUGCUGGGAGGAGGAAGACAGAGACAGGCCGCUUCCCCUGCAGCCCCUCUCCAGAGCAGUGGGUGUCUGCAGACUUGUUGGGGCCUUGUCCCCCCUUCCAGGGCCCCUACGCCAGCAGCCCCGUCACCAAGCUGCCCCUGGAGGCUCUGAGAGGGGGGGUGGAGGUGGUGGCCAGGAUGUCCCACUGCCCGGCCUCGCCGGGGCUUUCGCAGUGGGACGACUACGAGAACGUGCCGAGCCCGGGGACAGAGUGCGGUUUUGUGACCAACGACAUCUACGAGACGUGUAGGGGCCGGAGCCAGACAGGCUGGGUGGAGAACGAGAUCUACGGAUGAACGAGGUCUUACCAGGCCAGACCGGGCUCUGUGGUGAAGGGUUUCCAUUUUGUUUUGGGAAAACACAACAUCCAGACAUGCAAAUGAAAGGCACGGAUGAUCCGGAACAGUUUCCAUGGGUCUUGACUCUAGACCUCACCCUGCUGUUGUCCAAAUUAUGUUGUGUCCCCCCCCCCCCCCCCCCCCACACUUGCUGUUGCCCCCUCAGUAACAUCUGUCAAAUCAGAUCUGGUAAUCCUCGGUCACAUGGACACCUGACUGAUCCUAACCCAUGCUGUAGCCUCCUGUCUGCUGGUUGGGUGGGGAGUGUGCAGACGCAGGGGGUUUUGAACUUGGGUCUCCUGCCUUUUUCUCUCGAUAGCCUUAACCUGCUAAACUAGACACUGGGCCUUGAUAUUGGGGAGGUAAUGCAGGUCUCCAGGCCUUAAAGCCAGAUUCCCCCUCCUCACAAGAGUGACUAGUUCACUGCACCAGUGUUGUUUCCAUAAGGACAAAGAGAGAGAGGCCCAGCUGGCCUGUCUCACCAUGAAUGUUCUUUCUGGGUCUGGAUGUCCCUGUCACCGUGCCUACAAAGCUGACUGUUUGAGUGUGUGUGUGCGUGCGUGUGUGCGUGUGUGUGUGUCUUGUGUGUGAGUGUCUGCACGUGUCUGUCUGCGUGUGGCUGUGUGCUGUCACCCCUGUGUGACGUUUCCUGUGUGGAAGCUGAUGUCAGGGAACAGGACUAUUCCUACAGAAAUUGAGAGACUACCAGCUCUCUCUCCCUUUCUCUCUCUCGCUUCCCUUUUCUCUACAUUUUAUCUCUCUCUCCCUUUUCUCUCCUAACUAUAAUGUUGACUAACUCAUCCCUGUUUUUUUCUGAGAAUAUGAUCGCUUCAGAAUGAUUUAGGCCAUGGAUCUUCUCUUAAACCCGGAUCAGAAUGUGUAUCAUAGUAUUGUCUUUUAGCCUAUUCCAGUCCUUGAAAACUAGCUGUAGAUCAGAUAAGAAAAUAUCCAAUAUGUUGUGUUUCGUCCAUAUUCAAUUCAGGUGGGGCUGUGUGUGUAUGUGUCGUGUGUUUGUGCUUGCAAAUUGUAAGCUUCUGAGAGUGUGGUGGAAAAGUGUUGCCUCAGGAGGAGAAGGAGGGGCGGAGUGCGUGAGCGUGUUCUUGGAGGAUGUUGGGCAGGAAAUGCCAAAAGCACAUCUGGAACUCCUACAUGCAGGAAGUUUGUCCAUGACAGAGGAGCAGAAAUGAGGCCUUGAGGGUGCUGCCUGGUCUACAUAGGCAAGAUCCAUGAACCUACGUGUUACAAACAGGAUAGUCAGAUUUCUUAUGAAAACAUGUACUUGCAGGACCUGUAUAUGAUCAAUAUUUCUGUUCUAUGGCACGUCGGAUGGAUUGCAAAAAAAAUUACCUGUGUGUUCUCUAUCAAUUAGUAUUUGUCUGAAUUUCCAAAACGGCGAGAUUAGUUUAUGCCUACGGUAGAUGAAACCAGUGGUUGUUCUCCUACGAUGUCUAAUAAAGAGAGAAUAACUGA